UGUUUUAUCUUUCCAUGAAAUUCCGAUUAGUUUAGUAAUUGUAUGGAGGGAAAAAAAAAGUUUGGUUUCGUAAAGUAGGUCAUACGAGACUUUGUUAAUUGCUAUCAACUUUUUGAUCUAAUCUUUGUUGUAAACUAAACUAAUUUGCAAGUGGGUUUCAAGUAGAAGAGGCGAAAAGAAGAGGAAGGAUUGGAUAUGCAAAUGGGAAAAUUUUGGAUUAAAGUAUUUAUGUGAAUAAUUUAUUGUUAGAACUAUGGGAAAGCUUGACUUAGGUGUGCUAUUGCGGACACUUGGUGGAGUCGUGUGCUUAAAUAAUCAUUUGGAUAACAUUGGAGCUUAUGACAUUAAGAGCAAUUUUUCUGUUCCUUUUGGAGUUUCUCGACUUUAUUACUUUAAGUAUGAUAAAUGGGUGGAGAGGAAGAAGAUUGACACGACUUUUUUAAUCCAAGUUUUUCUUUUUUAUUGGGUUGGUAUACGGUACAACAAUUAUGCUUUUUCAACGUUGAAAGAACACAUCCAAGUUUAGGACAAGGUUUAGUAUUUCUUGUUAUGACGCAUGCAAGUGAAUGAAACAAAAAGGGAAAAAUGCAACCACAGCCAAUCAAUAUGAAUGGAAUGGUAGCCAACGCAAAGCCAAAUUUUUGGUAUGGUUUUAUGCAUAUACUUCACAGACAAGGUCUUUGAUGAAAUGCUUAAGAGAAAUAGAUGAAGCAGCGAUUUAGGUAAAUGAUGCAAACAACCUAAAUGGGUCCCUCCAACCCAAUAUUUUCAGUGCUUAAUGAGUCAUCAGAAGUCUAAUUAAAUUGGUUAUCAGAACUUAAAAAUUGUUACUUGAGAAUUUGCCUUUUUGUAUUAACUUUUACUACGUCAUUGGUUCAUAAGGUCAGGUGUUAUUGGCUGCUUGAGUUUAAUGCAUUAUGCUUCUGUAGUCUGGCGGUGAGAAUCCUAAAGGAAAAGUUCUCGCCUGAGAUUGACUUUUAUCACCAUUAAUCUUUUGUUUAACUUUUGAAUUGUUUCACCCAUGACAUGAUUUCUUCUGUCACUUAUGAGCAUAUAUGUAUAUGCCAUAUGUGCCUGCGCGUGUUUAUAUCCACAUUAGUUGCAUAUCAAGCACCAUAUAAAAGCACUAGAGCUGCACACUAAUAGGGUCAUUGUAAUAAUUUGUUUAAACCUUAUGCUCAUGUAAGCCUCCUAACAACUGUAGCUUUACUUUGCUAAAUUGGCCCACUUUUCCAACUUUAUCAUCCUAUAAAAACCCAUCAGUCCUCCUGCUCGUAUUCCUUGUCUUACCAUCAGUAAUCUGCUAGACAAACCCUCUGAAGCCACCACUAUCAAAAGAAUUCCAAAUAUGCUUCCUGGUGAAAUAUCUGGCAUCCAGUUUUUUCCAUCCGAAAACUCUUUUCAAUUUCCUUCAAACAUUGACAUGAUGCAGAAUAGCUUUCAAACUCUCCAUCAUUUCAAUGGCUUCUUAGGCAACCUCCCGAUGUCUCACGUCCCCCAUCCCAGCCAUGAAUUCCUUAAACAAUCCUCAAGUUUUAGCUACAACUCAACAUCUGAUGAUGCAGAGGAACAACAGAAGAGUAUUAUUGAUGAAAGAAAGCAGAGGAGAAUGAUUUCUAAUAGAGAAUCAGCUCGUAGAUCGCGGAUGAGAAAACAGAAGCACCUUGAUGAGCUUUGGUCUCAGGUACUUCGGCUUCGCACUGAGAACCAUAAACUGAUAGACAAGUUGAACCAUGUAUCUGAUAACCACGAAAAGGUUCUUUUGGAGAAUGCCAGGCUCAAGGAAGAAGCCUCCGACCUUCGUCAGAUGCUCACUGACCUGCAAAUUGGCAGCCCUUACACUCCUUGCUUGAGUAUCCUCGAAGAUAUUCCCUGCAACACUGCACAUCUCAGAGCUGAAUCUUCAUCAUGCCAGUCCAUCGCCAACUCCAUAGAUAACCUACUCCAUUGAGGAUAAAUCUUUUAACUCUCUGAUAAGAACUUCUAGUUCUUUUUAUCUAGUUUUCUGAUUAGUCAUUAGUCUUUGCCUUGAGCUUGUAUGAGAUCAGUACUAGAAUAAGAUUGUUUCAAUUUUCAACCAUAGGUUCAAUCCGAAGUCUACUCAGUAUCUGUUAAAAUUGCAUUCAUGAAACAAAGUACUCUCUGCCCGCCGCAUAUACAUAAUGAAGCUGGAUGAGCCAAAGUACCUGAAAAUGAUAUAAUCAUUUUAGAUCAUGGAUGCCUGAAUCAUAACUUCAUAAUUUUCCUUUUAAAACCCCACCAGCUUACAUCAUUAAAGUUCCACCAGAGGGAGAAAUGGAUAAGAAACAGGAAACAAUAUAACAGAGGAAGUAAGAUUUAUGUCCAGUGAGCAAAGUCUAUGGUGGAAAAACAGCCAAAAUUCUGCACAAAAUAAGAGGGGCACAAUAGGACAAGUCAUGGUGGAGGGCGCUGCUGUUAGUGGCUCAUCAUUGAAAUGAAUACCAUAAGAGGCCAAACUUUUGAAAAUGGUAUCCACUAAUACAAAAACACCCUAUUACCUUGCUUUUUUAAAAAAAAAGAAAUUUUGGAAGCUGAUUUAAACAAUCAAGCUUAACAGUUUAUAUCUUAAUUAUACUGUUCAAUCACGCAAAAACCUCAAAAGAAAGGAUUUGACUCUCUUUUUUCCUCUCCCUUUCUCCAUCGCUAGAUGUGGUAUUAGAAUUUGUUGCGUAACCUUGGUGUUAAAAUUGAAACAUUUCAGGCGGCACUGUUAAUCAACCAUAAGGAAUUGUCUUGAUCAGAGGUGACGUUUCAGAAUCAAAUUUGGCUCCAAAUACCGAGAACAACUUGAUGGAUUUGGAUAGGGAAAUCCUAUCACAAUCUCCUUAUUCAUCCCCUCUCUACAGCUUUCUUAAACGAAGGUUUCUUCAUUACUGCUGCUAUGUGGAGGGUAAAACAGUAGCCAGUUUUCUGCCAGAAGAUUGAAAUCGGAUCAUAUCCUAGAGCAAAAUAGAUCUGAUUUUAAUGGAUAAGGAUUAAGGAUCCGACAUGAUGAUCAUAUUUGUUGACAUACUUAUAUGAUAUACAGCCCAAUGGCCGCGAAAUGAAACACAUGUUCUCAAAAAUUGCUUUUGUGUAAACUGGAGUGCUUUUAUUUUUUCCAAAUUACCGUUAUUGAUGCUGUAUUUGAAUUUGUAUUGUUGAAUCUUUGUAUUUUCUUUUGUAUUCCUUGUCCAUUGUCGAUGAUAGCUUGACCUUGUAUUUGGUCUUGCUUAGACUGCUAUGGGCAUGCUGAACUUGUUGAGACGCACGGUUCUUCAAUUGAUCCUCUAACUCUUUCUACUAUUGUAUCUUUGUUUGUAA